UUUCUAUGAAAACGAUAACUGUGUGGAGGGAUAUUCAGUACUGAACCAAUUUUACGUAGCUCCAGCUGAUGAUGCAGUGUUAUCUAACUACCAUCUGGACAAAUGUUUAUUACCUUAACUGUUGUUUGAUGCGCCGUAAAGGAAAUAUCUCUCACAUAUGUCGCAAAGACGGUGAGACAGAAGAUCCUUUUCCGGUAUGCUAAUCGCAGCCCAUCGAAUUUCUGCAAAUACUUGACGCCCUUUAAAAGCGCGGCACCAGAACGCACAUUCAGUAAACAAUCAGCGGUAACUUCGAAAUAAAUUCAAGUAGGAACUUCAACCUUCUAUAACCAGUUUUGUUUCCUUUUAAACCUUCUAUAAACAGUUCUUUUUUUCUUAUAAAGUCGGCACUAUGGCUUCUUAUUACGGUGUAUUUGUUGCUCUGGCUGCAGUGAUUGUAUCAGCUCAAGCCAAUAUUCCUUGGGGAAAGACCUUUACCGGCACGAAGUUGACCUUUUACAACGACGCUGGAUACGGAGCAUGUGGUACGCAGAUCAAUGCUGCCUCGCAAGACCUCGUGGCCAUCAGCCACGAGUGGUACACUUCCGCAAAUCCCAACGUUGACCCCUUCUGCACCAACGACGUCUGCGUCCGCGUCACCUACAACGGCAAAUCCAUUACUGCGCCGGUCAAGGACAAAUGUCCCAGCUGUUCCAAAGCCCAUUUGGAUCUGUCCAAAACUGCUUUUCAGCAGUUCGCCGAUACCUCUGUCGGGGUUCUGCAGGGAGCCACCUACUCCUUUGUGAAAUGCUGAAAAAACAAAUAUUAAUGAUAUAGCUAAUGCGUGAUAAACUAUAUGCCUUCUUGUCUUUCGCGUACUCAUAAUCAGUUACUGAUUAGAUUUUUGUAUAACGUUAGCCUUGUUGUGACAUUAUAAAGCGGCAAUCUGUGCUCAUUAAAAUUAAUGACUUAUAAUUCCGAUAAA